AUAUCAAUUCAUAACAGUGCAGACUGAGAAACGAUGGACAGUACCGUGAUUUUUUUCAAAUUUUUCGCACUGCUGAUGUUCGUCGAUGGAAACGUCAAUUCUGUCGAGCUAACUUCCCAAGAUGGUGUGAGCGUCACUAAAAGAGCGAUAUGUCCAGGAACUUCAACUUGUGUUCUAAUAGAAUCCUGCCCAAUUUUCAACGGAAUAAUCAAUAAGGAUUGCGUAUUAUCCAACAAUAUUGGCGACUUGACUUGUGGGUUCCAAGGUUCGGGGUUGGUCUGUUGCCCCCAGAUGAAUGUGGCUCCCACUUUGCUCCCAGGAAAAAUGGUUGAUGGAAACCGGUGUGGUAUUUCCCAAGUGCAAGGAGAAGGAUAUGAAGGAAUAGGGGCUUAUCCUUGGGUGGUGCGAGUGGGUUUCAGAAAUAUCCUUACCGGAGAAAUGAAAUAUCCUUGCACAGGAUCUAUCAUAAACAACAGGGUUAUCUUAACCGCAGCUCACUGUGCUUUGGCUAAGGCUGAUAAUUACAAAUUGUUCUCUGUUCGCGUAGGAGAAUGGCAAACCAACACAGAAAUAGACUGCGGAGAAGAAUUUUGCGGCCUCCCCGUCCAAGACAUCGCAGUGAGUCAUGUAAUAGUUCAUCCGGGCUAUCAAAAGCAGACCUUCAGAAACAAUAUCGCUCUGAUGGUGUUGAGAACCAAAAUGAACUACACAGUGACUGCUCAGCCAAUUUGUCUGCCAGAAUCGUAUUCAGUGACGAGUAACGAUGGGCUUCUAGUUGGUUGGGGAAAAGCAGCAGGACAACUAUAUGCUCCUCCUAGACAACAGGCGCUGCAUUUACCAAUAAUAAGCAUUCAAGAGUGCAUCAGGGUCUACGGAAGAACUUUACCUGUAACCGAUGAACAAGUGUGCGCCGCUGGAGAGCAGGGGAACGACGCCUGUAGCGGAUUUGGGGGUGCGCCCCUUUUAGUGAGACACGGAGACACACAUUACCAGGUUGGUAUCUUGUCUUUCGGAUCGGACCAAUGCGGCGCUGCUGGAGUGCCAAGUGCAUACACAAAUAUUAAGAAAUACGUGACGUGGAUCAGAGAAAAUGUCCCACAAGUUUACGAGAACUAAUAAGAAAAAUGCGGAUUCUAAAACACGACCUAGUCAAAUACGAAGAAACACAUUUUUUGGAAGAAUAUUUGUACUAAUGCUGAUAUCUACUACAUAGCUAAGUAAGGGUUCCAGAUGCAGAUCAAGUUUCCUGCCGACAUUUUAUCACUUAGUAGCUAAGAGACUGUAACAUUAAAUUUAAUUUAAUUAGAAUGUAGAACGUGAUCUUUGAAAAUUAUACCAAAGAUUGUCAAUACCUCAGAGUAGAGGAAACCCAAUAAACUUUUCAAAAAGA